AACUCCUGACCUCAGAUGAUCCUCCCACCUCUGCCUCUCAAAGAGUUGGGAUCACAGGCGUGAGCCACUGUGCCCAUCUGUUACGUGUUUUCUUAAUGCGUUUGUGGCUCUCUCCUGAGAAGGGCCACACAGAGCCCUGCCCCCCGCCCUUAGAGGCCCCUCAGGUCAAGGUUUAGGCAGAUUAGUGAAGUCCUAAGCUGGUUUCCUAAAGAUUUCUAUUUCUGGGAGAGGAGCCAGUCAGCAGACCGGGGACCACACACCGCGCUGUCCCCAGCACCCAACCCAGGUUACCAUGGCCUCCCUGUUCUCUGGCCGCAUCCUGAUCCGCAACAAUAGCGACCAGGACGAACUGGAUACGGAGGCUGAGGUCAGUCGCAGGCUGGAGAACCGGCUGGUGCUGCUGUUCUUUGGUGCCGGGGCUUGUCCACAGUGCCAGGCCUUCGUGCCCAUCCUCAAGGACUUCUUCGUGCGGCUCACAGAUGAGUUCUAUGUACUGCGGGCGGCUCAGCUGGCCCUGGUGUACGUGUCCCAGGACUCCACGGAGGAGCAGCAGGACCUGUUCCUCAAGGACAUGCCAAAGAAGUGGCUUUUCCUGCCCUUUGAGGAUGAUCUGAGGAGGGACCUCGGGCGCCAGUUCUCAGUGGAGCGCCUGCCGGCGGUCGUGGUGCUCAAGCCGGACGGGGACGUGCUCACUCGCGACGGCGCCGACGAGAUCCAGCGCCUGGGCACCGCCUGCUUCGCCAACUGGCAGGAGGCGGCCGAGGUGCUGGACCGCAACUUCCAGCUGCCAGAGGACCUGGAGGACCAGGAGCCACGGAGCCUCACCGAGUGCCUGCGCCGCCACAAGUACCGCGUGGAAAAGGCGGCGCGAGGCGGGCGCGACCCCGGGGGAGGGGGUGGGGAGGAGGGCGGGACCGGGGGGCUGUUCUGA